CUCCCAACCCAUAUUUUACUCCCGUUAAUUUCUUGACGGUUUCCAACUCCUACUUUCUUCCCAUUUUGAAAUUUUCUAGUUAUCCAAACGCUCCAAUCACUAUGAAAUGACAACCACCCUUGGUUUCUCCUCAGACCCAUUUGCUAUAUAUACGGUCACACACAUUGUGAGUUGCACCAACCUCAUCUCUCUCUCUCUUUUUCUUGUUCUUCUCCGAUGGGUUCUUUUGCCACCAUCGUUGCAGUGUUGUUGGUAGUCCCUUUUCUGUGUCAAGUAGAUGGGAGGAUUUCAAAUAAGGAGGGUUGUGAUUUGUUUGAAGGGAGUUGGGUGAAUGAUACUUCAUAUCCUCUGUAUGAUACAAACGAGUGUCCAUUCAUAGAGAAGGAGUUUGAUUGCCAGAAAAAUGGAAGACCAGACAAAUUCUAUCUCCAUUACAGAUGGCAGCCUUCUGCUUGCAAACUACCAAGAUUUAGUGGUCAAGAUUUCUUGGAGAGAUUAAGAGGGAAAAGCAUCAUGUUUGUGGGAGAUUCAUUGAGUUUGAAUCAAUGGCAGUCACUCACGUGUAUGCUUCAUAUAGCAGUAGCACAGGCAAACUAUUCCUCCGUAAGGAUAGGAGGGCUCUCCACUUUCACAUUCCCGACAUAUAAUGCUAAAGUGAUGUUUUCUCGCAACGCCUUUCUUGUUGACAUCGUAAGUACACCAAAUGGGGCAGUUCUAAAACUUGAUUCUAUUGAAAGUGGCAAAAUUUGGAAAGACAUUGAUGUUUUGGUCUUCAACACAUGGCAUUGGUGGCUUCACACAGGAAGGAAACAACCAUGGAGUUUAAUUCAAGAUGGAAAUGUCAUAGUCAAAGACAUGGAUCGCUUGGUUGCUUAUGAAAAAGCGUUGAAGACAUGGGCAAAUUGGGUGGACUCUCAAGUAGAUCCUACAAAAACUAAAGUUUUUUUCCAAGGUGUUUCGCCUGAUCAUAUGAAUGGAAGCACAUGGGGAGAAUCAAAUCCUAGUAGUAAUUGUAAAGGGCAAAUGCAACCGAUAUUUGGUACAACAUUUCCGGGAGGCCAACAUCCAGCAGAAGCAGUAGUAGAAAAAGUGUUACAAAAAAUGACAAAGCCAGUGUAUUUGCUAAGAGUUACUACCUUGUCACAACUCAGAAAAGAUGGUCAUCCUUCUGUUUAUGGCCAUGGAGGGCAUAGAGACAUGGAUUGUAGCCAUUGGUGUCUUGCUGGUGUUCCCGAUACUUGGAAUGAACUUCUAUAUGCAGCUCUUAUUCAAAAUUAAUCUCUUGUUUUUAUUAUAUUAUUUGUAAUUGAAAAUUCAAUUAUAGGGUUUUAACUUGUUUAUAUAUUUUGUUGUCAAGUUUGUUACCAAUUUAUGGAUAUGUAAGUGGUUUUCUUCAUUGACAUUGGUUUAUCCAAUUUGUCUCAAAAUAAAGUAUUAUACAGAUAAUGGAGUAGUUGUGAUUUAUUUUA